AUGAGCUCCUCGACUGAUCGCUUCCGCAGGAAAAGGGUCGCCAUUGUCGGCAGCGGCUCUGCUGGAAUAGGUGCUCUGUGGGCCUUGAACAAGACGUAUCAUGAUGUCUACGUCUACGAAGCCUCUGACAGGUUUGGAGGUCAUACAAACACUGUCAAUUUCAAAAAGGGAAAGUUUUCAACAAAGGUCGACACAGGUUUCCAUGUUUUAAACGCCACCACCUACCCUCACCGAAGCUUCUCUCUCUUAGCCAACUUUACCAAGUUCUUGGAAAAGAUCAACAUCAAGACAACGCCUACAGACCUAACAUUCAGUCUAUCCCGAGAUCGCGGCGCUUUCGAAUGGUCAGGUUCCAGUCCGUUCUCAUUAUUUUGUCAACGGAGAAAUUUACUCUCACCGCGAAUGUGGCGAAUGCUUUUCGACAUCUUCCGUUUCAACCAAUUCGCAUUGGAUAUCUUGAGCGAUGACGAUGAUGACAUAGCAAGCAUUGAAGUUUUGAAUAAAGCGACAAACUGCACCUGCACAGACAUCACAAUUGGCCAAUACCUGGAGCUUGAAGGCUACUCAAAUGCCUUUAGAGACGAUUAUCUGCUUCCUUUGGCGGCAUCAAUAUGGAGUACAAGUCCUGACAGGUGCUCACUUGAAUUCCCCGCAGCGACAUUCGUGCGCUUCCUUUGGAAUCAUCAUUUACUAAACACAAUAAGAGCUCGCCCUCAAUGGAUGACAAUAGAGGGCGGUUCUAAGUCAUAUGUCGAUGCCGUCAUGAAGGGAUUCCCUCCCAAUCAUCUUUUCCUCAAGACACCAGUCAGGCAUGUUACGACUGAGAGCAACGGUCAAGUUAGGCUGCACCUGGAAAACGGUUCAUCAGCUCUGUACGACCACGUCAUUCUCGCCACACAUGGUGAUGAGGCAUACGAUAUCAUCAAGUCAUCCGCCAGUGAGCAAGAGCGCUCCAUCAUGUCCAGCUUCAAGACAUCGCAGAAUGAAGUCGUUCUUCACUCCGAUCUCGAUAUGAUGCCUCGCCGUAAGAAGGCCUGGGCCAGCUGGAAUUAUCUUGCAGUGUCAUCACCAUCUUCACGAAAGGGAAACAUCAACCAGGUUUCACUCACUUACAACAUGAACAUCCUUCAGCACAUUCCUCGAAACACAUUCGGCGACGUCUUCGUCACUUUGAACCCGCUUCAAAGGCCAAAGCCUGCGCAAACCCAGGGACGUUAUUACUACUCACAACCUAUAUACACCUCAUCCGCCGUUCGAGCACAGAAGCUUCUAAAACAUAUCCAAAACACUCGCGGUAUUAGUUAUGCCGGCGCGUGGACCAAGUACGGUCUCCACGAGGAUGGUUUCAGCAGUGGGCUUGAAGUGGCCCAAGAACACUUGGGCGCGAAGCUUCCAUUCGAGUUUACCGAUUCAACAUAUAGCCGAGGCAAGGUACCAAGUCUAAGCCUCAUCGACCACCUGCUGCGCUUGAUCAUCCUGGUGAUUCAGGUUUUUGUGGUUCAGAUCCUUGAGCGACUGGUCGGGAGCAGUCCUUCUCCACGUCAACGGCUUGUGAAUGGUAACAGGGUGAGAUUUACAAACGGAAAGCAUCGAUAA